AACACAACCCAAAUGAUAUAAAAACCCCCGGAACACAUUUACAUAUACUCUUCUGCUGUGACCUGCAGAAGUACAUAUACAUUACAGUUUGCACUGCAAAAAGAAAGAACAUGACUUCAGUUUGCAUAUCAAACUGCGUCAACGACGCACGUGACCCGCGCGUGCCGAUGCGAGCCACCUACGUGAACCUGUACAAGUGGCCCGAGUCAGACGCCGAGUUCGUGAGAUCGGUGAGCUCCAAAGGGCGGCGAUCAGGUGCGCAGCAACAUGGGCACCCAAGAGUUGUGGACAGCAUAUCCUGCAGGCAAAUGUACCUGAGGAGCUACACGUUCUCAAGGAAAGAGACGGUGCCUGAGAAAACCCAGAAAUGCUUUGGCAGAGUCAAAGAGAAAAUGGUGAACAAUAAGAAGGGGAAGGCCAAAGGAGGGCGCAAGAGGAGUAACAAGUGUUUGGUUCUCAGGAAAGUGAAGGAAUUGUCAUCUGCUGCUCUGUUUAGAAUUUUCCAGAGGUUCUUGUCUUGCUCUGCUAGUGUAGAUGUUGUGAAUUGAAGUUUCUUAAUUUAGUUUUGUUAAUUUAUAAUCCAGAGAGUAUGGUUGUUUGUUUGUGCUUUUGUUUCUGUAAUCUUGUGUUGGAUAUAUAAAUGCUGAAAAAGGGAAGGGCCCCCAUAUAUAUAUUUGGUUCUGCAA